UCUCUGCGUGUAUCUGGCAACUACAACUACAAGCUCAUCAAUGGCGUCUCAGAUCUAAGAGAUUCACUUUGAAACAGUGACUGUGAAGGUUCGUGCGAUAUUCAUCGAGAAAAGGAUACCGUCUCGUUGCUUCCACAUGCAGAGACUGAGAGUUGCGUACUCGUUCCCUGAGGAGGUCCUCGAGCACGUCUUCUCAUUCAUUCGCUGCGACAAGGACCGUGGCUCGAUCUCGCUGGUGUGCAAGUCGUGGUACGAGAUCGAGAGAUGGUGCAGGCGGAGGGUGUUCGUCGGAAACUGCUACGCCGUGAGUCCGGCGAAGGUGAUUAAGCGGUUUCCGGAGGUGAGAUCCAUCUGCCUGAAGGGGAAGCCGCACUUCGCGGACUUCAAUUUGGUUCCCGAAGGUUGGGGCGGUUACGUUUGCCCUUGGAUCAAGGCCAUGGCCGUUGCAUAUCCCUGGCUCCAAGAGAUCAAGCUCAAGAGGAUGGUCAUCACCGACGACAACUUGGACCUCAUCGCUAAAUCCUUUAAGAACUUCGAGGUCCUCGUGCUCACUUCAUGUGAGGGUUUCACUACCGAUGGACUUGCUGCCAUUGCCGCCAAUUGCAGGAAUUUGAGGGAGUUAGACUUGCGGGACAGUGAAGUGGAGGAAAUUAGUGGGCAUUGGCUAAGCCAUUUUCCUGAUUCAUAUACAUCGUUGGUUUCCCUUAACAUCUCUUGCUUAAGCAAUGAGGUGAAUUUGCCUGCACUAGAGCGCCUGGUUAGUAGGUGUCCCAACUUGCAGACCCUAUGCCUCAAUCGUGCUGUGCCCCUUGAUAGGCUACCCAACCUACUUCGCGGGGCUCCUCAGCUGGUUGAGUUAGGCACUGGAGCUUACACGACUGAGAUGCGACCGGAGGUCUUCUCUAACCUGGCAGCAGCAUUUUCUGGGUGCAAGCAAUUGAAGAGCUUGUCUGGCUUUUGGGAUGUGCUCCCAUCCUAUCUUCCAGCUGUCUAUCCUAUCUGUUCCAGGCUGACAUCACUAAACUUGAGUUUUGCUACUAUUCAAAGCCCCGAUCUUACCAAGCUUGUUAGUCAAUGUGAAAGUUUGCAGCGGUUAUGGGUGCUGGAUUACAUAGAAGAUGCUGGCCUUAAUGUGCUUGCUGCAACGUGUAAGGAUCUACGGGAGUUGAGGGUGUUUCCGUCUGACCCAUUUGUUAUAGAACCAAAUGUAGCGUUGACUGAGCAAGGCCUUGUUUAUGUGUCUGAAGGCUGCCCCAAGCUCCAGUCAGUUCUAUAUUUUUGUCGUCAAAUGUCUAAUAUUGCCCUAAAUACAAUUGCCCGGAACAGGCCUAAUAUGACUCGUUUUCGGCUAUGUAUUAUUGAGCCUAGAACUCCUGACUAUCUUACCCUUCAACCGCUGGAUGCUGGUUUUGGAGCUAUUGUGGAGCAUUGCAAGGAUCUUCGGCGCCUUUCCCUUUCCGGGCUUCUUACUGACCGUGUUUUUGAGUAUAUUGGGACUUAUGGGAAGAAGCUUGAGAUGCUUUCUGUGGCUUUUGCUGGAGAUAGUGAUUUAGGACUCCAUCACGUGCUGUCUGGUUGUGACAACCUUAGGAAGCUGGAGAUCAGGGACUGCCCCUUUGGUGACAAAGCCCUUUUGGCCAAUGCUGCAAAGCUGGAGACAAUGCGAUCCCUUUGGAUGUCCUCUUGCUCGGUGAGUUUUGGAGCCUGUAAGCUGCUGGGUCAGAAAAUGCCGAGACUUAAUGUUGAAGUCAUUGAUGAAAGAGGACCUCCAGAUUCAAGGCCAGAGAGUAGUCCUGUUGAGAAGCUUUACAUAUACAGGACUGUUUCUGGGCCUAGAUUAGACAUACCUGGUUAUGUAUGGACAAUGGAAGAUGAUUCUGCAUUAAGGAUUUCUUGAGUGAUUUUGUGCUGUGGAUUGAGCCAUGGAAUUUAAUGUGCAUUUUAUGUGGGAAUUGUUGAUGGCAGGUACAUGCUCAAUGUUACAGGAGGGUAUACAGAAGAGGCUUGAGCUCGAUUGCUAUUCAUUUUACACUUUGGCUGAGCUACGGAAUACCAGUUCACUGAUAAAUAAAAAGAGUGAAACUUUGUCGUCGUUGUAUGUGGCAUCAGAUAGAAGAGUGAUAUUAUUUUUCAUACUAUAAUAUUUUAAGGACUUUUGCAUCAUUUAUAUGCAUGUUACCUUGGCCUUUCCUAGUAAUAUAUGGGUGGACUCAUUGUCAUUAUUAACCUUUGAAAGGAAUAA